GAAGAUAAAACCAAACAUAAACACAAACCCUUUUUCUCAGGGCUUUCCAUUUUCUACAUGUUUUUUUCUUUUUAACCUUCUUUUGGCAUCCCAACCCACUUAGGCCCUUUCAAAAAACUUUGCUAUUCACUUCUUAACCAAGACUAAAAAGAAGGUCCUAGAGAGAGACAGAGAGAAAGGGAGGGGAGAGAGAGUGUGUGUGUUUUAGAGUGAGAAAUGGGAAGAGGGAGAGUGGAACUAAAGAGGAUAGAGAAUAAAAUUAACAGGCAAGUGACAUUUUCUAAGAGAAGAAAUGGAUUGCUCAAGAAAGCUUAUGAGCUCUCAGUUCUCUGUGAUGCUGAAGUUGGCCUUAUUAUUUUCUCUAACCGUGGAAAGCUCUAUGAGUUCUGCAGCGGCUCCAGCAUGGUGAAAACACUGGAAAGGUACCAUAAAUGCAGUUAUGGAGCACUGGAUGCCAGCCGACUUAUCAAUGAUAAUCAGAGCAGCUAUCAGGAAUACUUGAAGCUAAAAGCAAGAGCUGAGGUCCUGCAACGAUCUCAGAGAAACCUUCUUGGGGAAGACCUGGGGCCUUUAAGUACAAAGGAACUUGAGCAGCUUGAACAUCAAUUAGAGACGUCCUUGAAGCAUAUCAGGUCAACUAAGACACAAUUUAUGCUGGAUCAACUUGCUGAUCUUCAAAACAAGGAACAAAUGCUAGUUGAAGCUAACAAAGCUUUAAGAAGAAAGUUGGAAGAAAGUAGCGCUCAAAUUUCAAAUAGAGUGGCAUGGGAAGCUGGGGGACAGAACAUUUCAUAUAACCGUGGCCUUCCCCCCCAGUCAGAAGGAUUUUUCCAUCCUUUGGAAGCCAAUUCCACUUUGCAAAUUGGAUACAAUCCCGUGGGAUCAGAUGAUCAGACAGAUGUUGGAGCUCUACAACAGCAUCUUAAUGGAUUCAUUCCUGGGUGGAUGCUUUGACUUUGUAUAUUGAUUUGCCUAAUCAUAUAUAUUAAGAUGUAAUCAAUAAAAAUUAGGCAGAUCAAGAAAUUCAAGUCUAAUUUCCCUCUUUUUGUUGUAGUCUUUAAUAUAUGCCACUUGUAAUUAUUAUAAUCAAUGAAGACAAAAUAAGUUAUUUUUGAGUUUUAGAUUAUGACAUGAAGGGCCAUUGUGCUAGAGUUUCCCCAAAAAGACAAAAAAAGAAAAAAGAAAAAAAUCCUUUGUGAGAGUUUGGUAUGUAUUACAUUUUCAUAGAAUUGUAAAAUAAAAGAGAUUUUGCCAAUUAA